GGAAAGAUCUACUUCGGCAGAAGUGCGAUCCGCGAGGUGGCAGAGAGACGUAAGCCUGAGCUGAACAAGUACAUGCAGGAGCUGUUGUCCCUGGACCCUAAGAUCUCGCGAGACCCGGACGUUCGGCUGUUCUUCGGCCAGACGGAGAGCGACGUUCUCGCGCUCGAGAACAGGGAGAAGCAGGGCAUUGUGGGAAGUGCUCCUCAUGCGUCUCUGAAACCCUCACUCAACUCCAACUCAGCAAUCAAGACUUCUCCAAGACCAAAGGUGAAACCCUCCCGACCCAGACCACCUGUGCCCAGACGUCCCUCCAAGCCCCCAUCCAUUGUCAAGGGACCGAGGGCUAAGGUCCUGUAUCCAUUUGAGGCUAGAACCACAGAUGAGCUGUCCCUGACAGCUGGUACUACAGUCAGCCUGCUGCACAGGGUCAACCAGGACUGGAUAGAGGGCAGGUACAACAUGAAGACUGGGCUGUUCCCUGCAGCGUAUGUGGAGAUUGUGGAGGAUCUGGAUGAAGACCAGGAGGAAGGAGAGGAUGAGUGGGAUGACCCUGAGCCAGUAGCUGUGAUCUGCUGUCACUACUCCGGCGGAGUCAGGGACAUCGAGGUACAUCCAACCUUUGUGGAGAAACCAGUAUUUAUGGAGCUGCUAACUCUAGUCAGACAAUCCUUGCAGCGGCAGGAUCUGGUUCUGAACUACCUGGAUCGGGAGGGAGAUCUGAUCCGAAUCAAGGACCAGGACGACGUGGAUCUGAUGAUCGACCGGUCGGAGAAGAAGACGUUACCACGGCAACUGAGCCGGCAGCUGAGCAGCAGCCAGUACGCUCCGUGGGAGGUCCACGCGACCUUGGAGAAGGACUAUUCUGUUUAUCAUGUCAAGGACACGACUCCAAGGAGGUCGUACCUUCUCGCAACCCAAAAUCAAUGAUUGAUCUUCUCCAAAGAUGUAAUCAUUUUUGCCUCUUUUGCAGACCUUCUAAGUAAGGCAUUUAUUUUGGGGAGCAUUGUAUUUGCAAGAUUCAACCUGAACAUUCGUUUAAAAUUACCCAAAAUAAAUGCAGGCCGCACCUAGAAGGUCUGUGAAGGAGGCUAACUUCUCAUAUCAUAUGGGCUACAGUAAGUUAACUCUAACUGUAUUUAUUCCUGAAAUAAAAUUGGUAAGUAGUCCCUUGAGAUGUCACAGAUUCAUUUUAUAGGUAGCCAUCACAGUUCCAGACACAGUGGAACAUUUUAGUAACAUUAGAUAGAUUGACUGUCACAGUGAUCUUCUAUGACAAGGUCAUAUAGUGACUGUGACCUUCUAUGACAAGGUUAUAUAGUAACUGUGACCUGAAGCCUCUAUGACAAGGUCAUAUGGU